UAGAUGUCCAUUAACAUGACUGAAGAGAGCAGCACAUGUGAAUAUUGCAUGAGGCAUCGACUGGAAGUAUCUGCAGCUACUCAUUUGGGCUGGACUUGAGUGGAGAGGGCGGAAGGUUAUCUCAGGAUAGAUGUUUGGAGAAAGGGUACAGUAAUGAUCCCCUCAGUCUGAUCAAUAACUAAAUUUGACAUAUGAUCCAAAUUGACAACCCCAGCUGAAAUGUAACUGCACCAGAAGAACGACUGGUUGAAAUGUUGAAAUGAACUUUGCAGUGCAAGUCAUUUCUGGGCCAUUAGCUAGAUUGUAUACGAAUUGCUGAUGGCAAACGUGAUUGGACUGUGGAGUGAGAAUCUCGAGUGUUUCUCUCCUUGCUCUGUUUGUCAAACAGCCGGAAGGGGCUAAGGUAAAAGCUUACACUGUGCAGUUUCGCGUGGUUAUUGCAAUUGGUUUUCUAGAGGGACCGACAGCGACUGCAUCCUCCUCCAGCAGCAGCAGCAGCAGCAGCAGCAGAGCAGCAGCACACACCCCUCAGCACCGGUGAUGCAUCCCCGCGGCAAGGACACGGACAACUCCUCGUCAGAGUCGUCUCGACUUUAGAAUGGUGAAGAAAUCUCUCAACGGCGGGGUUUACCCAACUCAAGCCGGAGAGAAGAAGCACAAAGUCGGCUUUGUAGGAUUGGACCCGGGAGCUCCGGAAUCCAGCAGGGAUGGGGCGCUGCUCAUUGCGGGAUCUGAAAGCACCAAGCGGAGCACCAUCCUCUGCAGACCGAGGUCCAGCAUCUCCGCAGGUAGACCCAGACCGUCGAAGAAAAAUGCCAGCUAUCGGAAGCUACAGAAUUUCCUUUAUAAUGCGCUGGAGAGACCGCGGGGAUGGGCGUUCAUAUACCACGCUUAUGUCUUCCUCUUGGUCUUCUCCUGUCUCAUACUUUCAGUCUUUGCCACCAUCAAAGAGUUCAAAAAUAGCUCAGAGAGUGCCUUGUACAUCCUGGAAAUUGUGACCAUUGUCGUGUUUGGAGUGGAGUACAUUGUGAGGAUAUGGGCCGCCGGCUGCUGCUGUCGCUACAGAGGAUGGAGAGGGAGGCUAAAAUUUGCCAGAAAGCCUUUCUGUGUCAUAGACAUCAUGGUGCUCAUUGCCUCAGUAUCUGUUCUGGCUGCUGGAUCUCAGGGCAAUGUCUUUGCCACCUCGGCCAUCAGGAGUCUGAGGUUCCUGCAGAUCCUUCGCAUGCUGCGUAUGGACCGCCGUGGAGGCACCUGGAAGCUGCUCGGAUCUGUAGUUUAUGCCCACAGCAAGGAGCUCAUCACGGCGUGGUACAUUGGCUUCCUGUGCCUCAUCCUGGCUUCAUUUCUGGUCUACUCUGUGGAAAAGGAGUCGAACGACGAGUUUGAGACCUACGCUGAUGCUCUGUGGUGGGGACUGAUCACUCUCACCACCAUUGGUUAUGGCGAUAAGGUCCCGAAGACCUGGAAUGGGCGCUUGCUGGCGGCGACAUUCAGCAUGAUCGGAGUCGCCUUCUUUGCACUUCCUGCUGGCAUCCUGGGUUCUGGCUUUGCCCUCAAAGUUCAGGAGCAACACCGACAGAAACAUUUUGAGAAGAGACGUAACCCUGCAGCAGGCCUCAUACAGGGUGCAUGGAGGUUUUAUGCCACCAACCUGUCCCGUACAGACCUGCUGUGCACUUGGGAUUUUUACGAGCAGACUGUCGCUGUUCCCAUGUACAGACUCAUCCCGCCUCUGAAUCAGCUGGACCUGCUGAGGAAUCUGAAGGGAAAGUCAUUCAGGAAAGAGUCUCAAACUGAAACCUCUCCCAGUAAUGAAAAUGCACACAAAGACAGACUUUGCGGGUGCUGUCCGAGAACUAUUAGUCGGAAGGCCAGUCUGAAGGACAAGGUGUUUCCCAGUCCCUCCAAGGCUCCCGUGGUCAAAGGGAAGGCCCAGUCUCCAGGGGCGGAGGACGGGGCUGAAGGAAGUCCCAACAAGGUCGCCAAGAGCUGGAGCUUCACAGAGAAGAACAGAACGCCAAAACACGCUUUCAAAGUCAGAGGCGGCCCCUCACGACAAAACUCAGAGGUGCUGAUUGAAAUGCAGGAGGAAGACUUUGGACUGAAGAGUUUUCCAGCAAUUGAAGGUUUAAUAAAGGCCAGCCUCCCAGGAGAGGAAAUUGGUGAUGAUAAGAGCUGCCACUGCGACUUUCUCACUCAAGAAUUACCACCAGGCUUGAAGGUUACAAUAAGGGCGAUCUGCAUCAUGAGGUUUCUGGUGUCAAAGAGGAGAUUCAAAGAGAGCCUGCGGCCUUACGACGUCAUGGAUGUGAUAGAGCAAUACUCUGCAGGUCACCUGGACAUGCUGUCUCGCAUUAAGAACCUGCAGUCCAGGAUAGAUAUGAUUGUGGGGCCCCCUCCCCCAUCAACACCUCGCCAUAAGAAGUCCACUGAAGGUCCUAGAGUUGACCAGAUAGUUGGUAAAGGUCCUAAACCUGAAGGAGAUGCGGCGGAGGACCCGAGCAUGAUGGGACGUCUGGUCAAAGUUGAAAAGCAGGUGAUCUGUAUGGACAGGAAACUUGACUUUCUGGUCAACGUGUAUGUGCAGCGUAUGGGCAUCCCUCGCUCGGAAACAGAGGCCUUUUUCAACUCCAAAGAGCCGUAUCCAGCUCCGCCUUACCACAGCCCCGAGAAGAGCAAGCUAGAGAAGGAGGAUCAAGAGGAGGUGAAGCAAGAAAAGGAGGUGAAGACAUGCUCACCUGCAGAUGUCCCAUGCUCUGAUGGGUCGUUGGAAAAGAGAGAUCCUUUGCUGGGUCGGUCUGUGGUGAUUUCAGUGGGUACUCCUUCUGGCAGCCACAGCCGGCCCUCUACCUCCUGGCAGCACCAGCUGCAGCACCCCCUCAGCCAGCCUGCCUGGAACAGCAGCGUGGCCAACACCCCAUCACCAGUCGGUGGCAACGGCAAUCAUUCGCCCACCCUAUUCCGCCUACCCCCUCCGCCUGCUCCGGUACACGACCGAUCCUCCUCUGGUCAGGGCGGCAGUGGCAGAGAGAGCUCCCAGAGCAGGAGGCGCCACAGAAGGCAGAGGUGUCAGCAGGAUGCCACCGCUGUGGAGAGCGACACGUCUCUGUCCAUCCCGUCUGUCGACCACGAGGAGCUGGAGCGCUCCUUCAGCGGCUUCAGCAUCUCGCAGGCCAAGGAGGACUUCUUUGGGCCCUCGUUCUUUGCGGGGUCAGGAGGUGGAGCUGCAGCGGGGACUGAGGCGGCAGCCGGACCUGCACUCUGUGCCAGGGUCAGACCCUUCAUAGCGGAGGGGGAAUCAGACACAGACUCUGACCUGUACGCUCCCUCCCCUCUGUCCUUCACCGGGGAGGUGUCAGGUGGAGAGAGGGCGUGGCCGGGGCUGAAGUAGGUCAGGGAGGACUGCUCUGCCUUGGUGAGAGGCUCACGCUGAAAGAGACCAACGCUUCAGGUCAGGAGAGAAGACCUCGUAGCCAACUGACUGUUUUUGCGGACGACGCUAUACCAGACCAUUUAAGGAGAAAUGAAUGGUCAUGAAUAGCUGUUUAUAACUGAAGAUGGUACAAAUAUGUCCUCAAAAAACAAAGGGGGUUGUCCUUUAUCACCUUUUAUUGUUUGUGAUGUGACACUUUAUAGGAGAUGCUUUAUAUUGAUUUGCACUGUAUCCAUCAAUGUCUUGAUUUCAUAGAAAAUGGCUUUUUAGGAACAUUUCUUUAUUACUAAGUAAACAGUUUUGUUGCAUUAAGUCGUGAAGAAAGGAACACAAGAGUGUGAGAAAAUGAUUUAUGACACUUUCAAUUAGCAUUUGACUUAUACUUUGUGUAUGGGAAAAUCACCCGAGUGUAUUUCAACACUUCUUCUGUUACACUCUGACCACUUAAAAUACAAAAAAAAAAGCGAGUUAGCCAUGCAAAACUGUUAAAGUCCUCUCAAGUGGUUAGCAUAGUGUCUUGUUAACUUCUUUACCUUUGAAUGACUUGAGGUGUUAUGAUGCCAAAACCGUAGCUUUGAUAAUCAAUUAGAUUCUUGCAGAAUUAAAAAAAAAGUCACGCUUGCCUUCCAGGAAUAAUAAUAAAUCAGCCUUUUGUUUCACUGGAUACGACAGAAAAACUCCCCUCAAAGUUAACAAAGCAGUGAACCUGCUGCAUGGCAUGUUAAACUGUUGAUUUUAAGGACUUUGUGAUUGAGGCUACAAAACCAGACAAAAAUCCCACAAGUGUUUUCUUUCUCUACAGACAGACAGGGCGUUGAAUAAAAUAUGAAAAAGAUGCGUGCAUGAAUGUUUUCAAGCUACAAUACGUUCAUUUCUUUAUACGGCUUUGCUUGAAAUCUGAUCAUGUAUAUGCAGACAGAGCCCGCUCAUUUCAGUGGCUUUACUUUCUGUCCAUAAAUUAUGUUUACUUUAUUACAGACUCAAAUGAUUACUAUGGAAACAAUAUGGGCUGCGAUGGAGACGAGCUCAUUUUUUUUAAGAUCACAAAAACAGGAAAUGUUCACGUUGUAUUGAGCAAAUCGUGCAACACCUUGAUAAUCGGGAACAAAAGGUAUUUGGCCUGCGAUGCAUAGUUCAAUCAUUUAGAAAUAUCUGCUGCUUUGUCAGUCCUGCACUAAAUGAGGAAAUGCAAUAAAAGCAAGCAAGGCAAUCAAGAACCAUUCUUUAGAAACAUGACGAUGGCCUUUUUCACACCCGACUCCAUUGUUUUUUAAGUAAUCAAAUCAAUCAUUAGAUAUAUCUCAAAAAAGAAGUGCAAGUACAUUUCCAAGUCUUAUAUAGGAGAUUCUGUGGCCGCGGAGCAGUCGUUAGGGGUUACACGUCCAGGCCACUGAUAAUACUAAAAGCAUGGGAUCUAUAGGGGCAUUUGAAGCAUGAACAGUUCUUGUUAAAAACUAACCCUGAGUCAUAGCGAAACAACCCACAACAUUUGAACUUUAUCGCCCCACAGUAAACAUCAAUCAGUAGACUGUUCACACCAGAUCCAUAACUCAUAUUUUCCAUGAAAGAAGAACAAAACCCUGCUGGCAUGUUUUCUACGAGCCAAAUGAAACGGACGUGUUGGGUUUUACAUGACACAGUAGCUCUUAGUUCAACACCAUCAUGUAACUGCACCUUCUUCUUCUUCAGUAAUAAAACUUUGUACAUCACUGAAAAUCA